UCCACCAUCUACUUACUAACCAGGGCCUACUUCUAGAACCUACAGUACAUUAGUAUUUUACCAUGAGACAAUAGUUCUGACAGGGAGUUAGUUGACACCCAAAUCUGUAGCUUCUUCUCAUGGAUGCAUAUCGUCAAACACUUGACAGACGCACGAAUUGCCUUACCAUCGUCCACAUCCACGAGGACUCCCACGAAUAUGAAGUAGGCGAGGAUGAUGCUAAUCUCGUCACGUACUGUACUUGUCUUUGUGAAGGUUGGCGGCUCCAUCCCUGGACCAGAGGCACAGCGGCCGAGGAAGAUCAGCGAGAACUCUGGCCGGCAUCUCGCUACCGCGGCGGCGGGAUGCAGGCACAGACGCGCCACCGCGGGAGAUGCCCUGGAGAUGUUCGAGGCGUGGGCCCAGGCCACCGACGAAGAGGAGGAGAGAUCAGAUACGGUGCGUCGCUGGUGGCUCCGGCGGUUGGACCACGGGCGGCGGCGGCGGCGGCGAUCACGAGUCGAACUCGGAUUGCGUGGUUUCUACGCGGCGGGGCAUCGGGGGUCGAUCUAUAUCAGCCGGGCUGCGGGGAUAGAUCGCACUUUUCCUUUGAUCGACGAGCAAGCCGCCUCCUUGAUAGAUCACGCGCCGCGCGACGUUCUCCUGGCGACCUAGCAACCCGACGAGCUUCUCUCGACGGCGGCGAGCAAAGAAUCCGGCAAGUUUUCUCUUUCUUCUCCGAUCAUCAUUUGAAUUUCAGCAUCGCAAUUGUUCCUUUUACUUGUUUCGCUUGUGCAAUCACUUGGUCUCUCUGUUCUUUGCUGUGUCCUGUGUUUUGCAGAGAUGGCUAGCCAUGUCGCCACGACUCUGCCGCCGUUGCUGCCUACCCCGGCGCGCUGCCACCUCCUGACGCCUCCUCCGGCGGUGUACACGGCUCGUGUGGAGCUGGACAGCAAGAAGCAGCAGCCUGGACGUGCCUCGAUGAGCCGAAGCUGGAUCAAGGACAAGGCCGACCUUCCUGGACGUGCUUCGCGGAGCUCCAGCUGGGCCACUGACAAGACGCUCCGCCGUGCCGAGAGUUUGAACGGUGGCGUCGAGCGCCUCGGCCGCGUGGAGACGCCGAGGGAAAACUGGAAGAGGCCGGCGAGCCGCGCGCCAUCCGUCGACCGAUGCGACAAGAAGCCGAGGCCUCCCACUGAGAUGGUGGCAGCCUCGCAGGCAUCAAUCUCCGCUGGCCCGAUGUCGUCGGUCGGCCUGUCCGAGAAGAAGGCAGAGCCUAUGACUGAGAUGGUGGCAGACUCGGUGGUGACAUCGUUCGCUGGCCCUGCUCCGUCGAUCGACCGGUCGGAGAAGAAGGCAGAGCCUUCGACUGAGAUGGUGGCAGACUUGGAGGCGGCGACACUCUUGGCUGGCCCUGUGGUGUCGGUCGACUGGUUGGAGAAGAAGGUGACGCCUCCGACCGUGAUGGAGGCAUCGCCCUUCGCCGGCCUCGCUUCGUCGAUCGACCGGUCCAAGAAGAAGCCGGAGCCUCUGACUAAGAUGGAGGAGGACUCGGAGGCAUCAUUCUUUGCUGGCCCGACAUUCAUGGUGUCGCCGGACCCGAGCGAGCUGCCCAUGCCGACCUUCAUUGUGUCGCCGGACCCGAGUGAGCUGCCCAUGCCCACCUUCCUCUAUAAGCACAAGGUCGCUAAAGUUUUAGCUAGAUUAGUCGCUCCGAUGCUCAUUGAUCAGCAAGAUUGAAGCUGCUUUUAGUAUGUAGCUAGGUGGAUUAUGCUGAUCAACAAGGAGAUUGAAGCUGUUUUCAGUAGUACAGUAUGUAGCUAGGUGGACACGAUUAAUACAAUCAUCAUUAGUAUUA